GCAUACUAUAGUGGAAUUGAAAGUUUAUUCAAGCGCAUCAUUAAAACAUUUUAGCGCAGCAGAAAGAGAGAAGAGAAGGCAGUUCCAUAAAGUUCAUAACAGUAUAAUUGUAGCAAAAGGUUUCAAUAAAGAACAACAGGUCUUGAAGAAAAGAUCCAAAAGAGCUUUCAUCUGAACCAGUGUCAAUGGCCACUUGUGAUUUCAAGCAUUUUCUAGAGUAUCAACCACAAAGAGAAAAGCAUUACUAUCAAAACUGUUACGCACAAGUUGUCGUCCUCAUCAGUGCCAUUUUUAUUGCCGUUUGUGCUCCAGUCGACAAUACCCCAAGUGUCCCCACCCCUCACACCUCCACACACGAGGUCAAAUGGUUGCAUUGGUGGACCACCGAUCACUACCCCCACGCACUCGCCCCCCUGCCUGUGUCGUACACCCUGCAGCAGCAAUGACCUACACAUACUCGUACUCACUAGCAACCUCACAACAGUGGGGGGGCCCCCCUCUAAGAUCCACAGAGCCCAAGGCAAAGUCUCGAUGGCGUGUGCUACCCUCGAGCAGUGUGAUGUCUAGUCCGAUCAUCAAGUCGUUUCAGAAUCGAUUACUUUUUGCUGCACCUACGUUUACGUUUGGAGUGGGAUUUUUUCUUACGACGUCAUCUUUCCAAAAGGAUAUGAAGUGGAUUUCCUACACAGCACCUGUCAAAAGCAUGCAUUCCUCUCAAAGAAACCUGAACAAAGAGACAGUUAGUGCCGUGACCUCCAACAGCAAACAGUGUACUGUAAACUGUCCACCACAUCAAAGGAAUGAGAACAUUGCUACCGGUUUCUUGGAAUGCGACUCUACAAGUGCAAUGAAUCUAAUUACCCAUACUGAGGUCACGCACACUCUAGAAGCGACGGACAAUGGAUGUUUGGAGAAGCAUUGUGAUGAAAAGAACUCUGAGCUUUCAGAAUCUGUACAGGGAGAUUGCUAUAGUGAUUAUGAUGAGCAAGAUAGCCAUAGUGAGUACGAAUCAGAAGAUGAUUGUAUCGAAUUCUCUGAUGAAUCUCUAACACUGACGGAGACGUCGCCAUCUUUGAAACCAGACUGUGUCAAGCUGUUGACUCUUGUCAGCUCAGAGAGUGGAUAUUUCGAGUGUGUGACAGGCUGCAGCCAAUUGGAUGAUAUUCCAAGUUCUGAUGGUGGCUGGUCAGAUAGCGAUUCUGAUGGAGAUAUUGAGUUUUGCUCCGAAGCUUGGGAUUCUUUUGAGACACAAGCACUGUCCCCGAUGAUGAUAUGCAGAGUGAAGGCUACCAAGUCACCCAAGACACCUACAAAUGAAGAUCAAGAUAACGAUAAUCAUCUGAUAACUCAUGAGUGCCCAAAUAAGGUCAUCAAAGAUCAAAGACAAACUGAUUGCACAACUUCGAAGAAGCGAGUUAGUUUCAAGCCAGACAAAGAGUUGGUUGAGGUCCACACCAUUAUUGCCUGGGAGUAUGCGUACAGAGCAGCUCGUAGGGGACCAUGGGAACAGUAUGCUAGAGAUAGGUGUCGUUUUAGGCGUCGUAUUGACUCUGUUUUCUCAGUUUUAGAGCCAUGCUUAUCAGCAAAGAUUAGAAAAAUAUCUGUCAGUUGUGCUUUGUGAUUCUUUUUAUAUGUACAUAAUUAUUUCCGUGUUGCAUGCUUUUCAAUAAUUGUAUUCAUGUGUA